AUGAGGCCGAAAAAGGCAGAAAACGACGCGGUGCUGCGGCUCACCUCACACCGGCGGCGGGGACCUUCCUCCCGGGUGAGAGAGGUGGAAAUGCAGCUGUUUAGUGUGAAUUCUCCAGGACGUGAGGAGAGCUGGUAUCUGGGAGAGGCCCACGACCUCCCCGCUCUCCGCGUCUCCUCCGCAGACACCUGUGGAGCAGACUCCCGACGGACGUGGAGAGUUUCGGGCCAAAUGUUUGAAGCACAGACUGUAAUGUUUGAACUCUUGACCAGAGCUAGCGUUAGCGGCUAA